AUGGUUAAUUUCUACCACCGAUUCAUCCCGUCAGCAGCCGCCAUCAUGCGGCCGUUGUUCCAGUGUCUGGCCAGUAAGCCAAAGGACCUGAUCUGGUCCAAGGAGGCGGAGAAGGCGUUCGAGGGGGCUAAGACAGCAUUGGCCAAUACCACUAUGCUGGAACACCCUAGGGCAUCAGCCCUAAUGGCCCUCACUGUGGAUGCAUCCGACGUCGCGGUGGGUGCUGUCCUCGAACUACAAGUAGGGAAGCUGAACAUUGUGGCUGACGCGCUGUCCCGUCCGGCAACCCCCGAAGCUUCCGCUUUAAGUCUAGGCGUGGAUUAUGAGGAGCUGGCCGCUGCCCAGCAGGUAGAUGCCGGUAUGGAGGUUUACCGCAAUGCUGAAUCAGGACUCAAGCUGGCUAAGGUGCCCUGCGGCACCACCGGUGUGCGGGUCCUUUGCGAUGUCUCCAUGGGUAAAGCCCGCCCCAUUGUCCCGAUUGCCUGGAGGCGUCGGAUUUUUGACACCAUCCACAGCCUAGCGCACCUGUCCAUUCGCGCCGCCUCUGCCUUGGUCGCGGCCAAGUUUGUCUGGCACAGGUUACGGAAGCAGGUCACAGCAUGGGCCCGUUCUUGUGUCGCAUGCCAGACUUCCAAGAUACAGAGACAUGUGCGCCCGCCCGUGCAGGAUUUCGCUGUUCCAGACGACAGGUUCCAUGUCCAUGCCGACCUGGUAGGUCCCUUGCCGUGUUCGCACAGGGCUACUCACCUACUGACUAUCGUGGACAGGUUUACCAGGUGGGCGGAGGCGAUACCGUUAACGGAUAUCUCCGCUGAGGCUUGUGCACGGGCUAUCAUCUCACAUUGGAUCGCUCGUUUUGGGGUUCCUUCCGAUAUCGCCACUGAUCGUGGGGCCCAGUUCACAUCCUCCCUGUGGUGUGGUAUGGCGCAGCUGUAUGGCGCGAAGCUGCAACAGACCACCGCGUAUCUUCCAGAGUCCAAUGGUUUGGUUGAGCGUUUCCACAGGCACCUCAAGUCAGCGUUGAAAGCUCGGCUCACCAGCCCCGAUUGGGUUGACCAGUUGCCUUGGGUCCUCCUCGGCAUCAGAACCACGCCUAAGAUGGACCUCAACGCCUCCUCAGCCGAGCUGGUUUACGGCUCGGUUUUGCGAGUACCUGGGGAUUUUCUGCCCGUCUCCCGGGACCAAGAGGUCCCGGCUUCGGCAGUGUUAGCUGACCUUCGCGAGCGGGCGUGUGCUUUGGUCCCGGUUAUCACUUCCCGGCAUGGUUCCUCGGCGGUGCAUGUGCCUACUAUGUUACGUGAUUGUGCUUAUGUUUUCCUUCGUAAGGAUGCUCACCGCUCGUCGUUACAGCGGGCGUACGAAGGUCCGUACAGGGUGCUGAGGACUGGUACCUCGACGUUUACGUUGGACAUGGGUGGCAAGGAGGAGUUCGUCUCCAUGAGUCGCCUUAAGCCAGCACACGUCGACGAAGAUAGCCCGGUGGCGGCCUCCUAUGCUCCUGAGAAAACAAUGUGA